AUGAAGCUUCAUCUAAGGUAUCGUCCAAUUCAAGAGGUUGGCUUCCUACAAGUACUUUGCAGCCGAAAAUAUUACAGGGCCAUGUGGUUGUGUUCUUUAACAGUCUUAGUUAUGAUGAUUACUUAUCACCUAAAUGGGGAAGAACUAGGUAUACGUGAGUUCGAUAGAAAGAAUUUCGUCGGAGGCAAGUUCAAACAUGCGGUAUCGCUGCUUCUAAAUGCAAGUCUCAGUAUAAAACAAAAAUCGACUGUGAUACAAAAUUCUACAAAAGAUGGAUCAGCUCAUACAAAUGAUUGUCAACGUUGGUGUCAUAAAAAAAACACAGCCAGUUCGACGUAUUUUCUCAGUGGAGUCUUGCUUGUACGAAUUUAUUCCAGCGACUUGGCAAAACUCAGCACAAGAGAACUACUCCAAUGGCUUUAUUAUCUAAAGUACGCUGGUUUUGAACAUGUUUACGUGUACGAUGCUUAUGUUUAUGAGAAUGAAUCACAAAAGAACGCUCUCGAAUUCCUCGUAAAGGAAGAUUUCGUCACUCAUGUGGACUGGAGUCACAACGCGUUUCCCUACUCAAUAACUGGGACUCAGGAAAGUGCCUAUCAACAUUGCUUAAAAACUUGGGGCAAUAAAUCGUAUUGGCAGGCAAGCAUCGAUAUGGAUGAGUACCCUUUCUGUCCAGAGGACACUAAACCCAAUUUUAUGCAACGUUUCAUAGCUAAUUUUUCUAGAGAACAACCUCGUGUUUCUCAGAUAACGAUGAAAAAUUUCCUGUUUCUUGGUAAACCUCUGAGCGAUAAGCAACACCCGAUCCUUAUCGACCGCCUCAAGCGGAGAACACACAGACCGGCCAACGAUUUGGUUAAACCCAUCUACAAGACUUCGCAUAUAAAGCAAUCUCAUGUCCAUCACCACGACUUGUCACAUGGCUUUUCAGUGGACGCUGAUGAAAAUAAGAUAAGACUUAACCAUUACUGGGGUGCCAGGCUUCAAAAUUGGGGAGAAGACACGCCAGAAAUUUUAUCAAAAACAAUGGAAGAUGACACAGUGGAGGAAAUUGUAAGAGAACUCCAAAAGUGUGAUUAUGUUUGCCUGCCGGACGAAUCCAUAAUUCAUACAGUUCGCUGGAAUUGAGCGAUUUUCGAUCUUUUAAACCAAUGUUAUGUUUUUAUUUGUUUAAAAUGUUGCCAACCGCUUUAUAUUUCUUUUCUUUUGGUAUAGAUUACUAUAAUAAUGAAUACAAGACAACGAGACAGAAAAUGAAAAUUAGAAAAAAUUAAACCGCAACACACUACAUUUAAUCGAUGCUAUUGAACUAUAAAAUGUUUUUCUUUGUCCUUAUCAAUUACAUUCUGCUGUUCGUAGCCAAACAAAAUUUACGAAGGGAAAAAAUGCUUUCACCUAUAUUUAGAGAUAGAGCUCUGUAGAUAAGAGCUUAAUGAAAUAUUCAUUUAAUAAAUGAGCGUUCCAAUAUAAAAGCUCUGUAUGUCGCCGGCGUUUAAAAGAUAAUAAGGAAUAAAGAAAGGAACAAAGGCAUUAUGAAUUGUGUUAUUUUACUAAGUGAUAAUAACUUGAGAGUUUCUUCACAGCUUCCUUGAGUUGGAUUCUUUUGUAUUUUUGAUGAAUUUAUUCAAAAUCUCGUGAAAGGAACAUGCAGGUGUUAUCAUCGAGUUUGUUGAAAUUGAAUAGAGAUGAAUUAAAUAUGCAAAGUGUUUACUUUAUGAACAUUUCAGUUAAGAUGAAAUACCAUUUAGUUUUAAGCCUUUUCAGUGUCGUUAAUUUUAAUAGUCGGUGAAAUAAACCGUUCGCAUUUAGCAAUUCCCUUCUCGUAUGAUUGGUAUAUGUGCAAGUGCACAAGAUGAAAAACAAGUUAUAUUUGUUUUGUUUUGUUACCAUGCAGAGCAGGUAAAAUGGUCAUAUCUUGCACUGCUAGUUAAGUCUUGAUCGCGUGAUAAAACAAACAAAGACACUUAAAUCCGAAACAAAACAAAAGAAACAUAAAAAACGAUGUUAGCCUAUUUAGAUUAUUUAGAAAGUCUGUAAAUUCUAAGAAAAGUCACUUGAAAAAAAAAUUUAUAGUAACAUCGUCACAAACCCAGAAACAAAGCGUCUCGAAGGAUAUUUAAAACAUACAUUAUAUGAACCAGGAAUAGUUUCAUAUAAUAAUUCAUUUUGCAACUCUUUGAUAUAAACUCUUGACCAUGUCAAAAUUUUCCUAGUAACCAAUAUAGUUCGUUUAAGUUUGCUGGGACUAACUUUGGUCUCGUUCUUCCUACGGGAUUUUUAUCACUUUAUAAACGCCAAAGGACUUAUCAAUGCCCUUUGAAAUUGAAGAAAUUUUACGAGGCUUCCGGUUGAGAGUACAAGGGCUGCCUAGAUGAAAAAGUUAGCCAACCUGUCCAACACGUUAGCCAGUUUGUUCAACAGGUUCCUGCUUAUUCAAACACGGUGCGUUUGCGUGUACAUCCUUCAUCGACCUUUACUUGUACUAGCGAUUAAUUACCAGCCGCUGCUUCGGGAAAUGAGCCCGCGUUCCUUAGUGCGCUUGAGCACUUGAAAUCCCUCAGAGGAAGGUUACGAUGUCGAUGAUAAGCCUAACGAAGUCUACCUCCUUUGGACGAAACUUUUGAAAUUUUAAACCUUUUGAGAACUCAUGUUUUCCAUAUCGUGACCGAAACGUUACACUCGAUUCUUGUUGAUGAUAAUAUCUAGAGGUUAAUCAUUAUUUCAUUUUCAACCUUGAAAUUGCGUCCGUGAAUGGCGGAACGUUGCUCACUAAAAUGCCGUUUAUCGGUUUUACAUACUCACUUCAAACAACCUUUGAUGAUGUCUGGAGCUCUAUUGAGAUUAAACUGCCACUGGAUAUUUUGCUUGGUUAACAAGUCGUUCAUCCUCUCGUCUCGUUGAACUUUCUUUUUCAGCAUCCAAAUGGUUAGGUUUACCAUUUGGACAUUAAAACGAACCAAACAGAUUGAAAAUUGAUUAAAUUUUUUUUUCUAGAAAAGACCCCUGAAUCAAAACUAGUAAUAAAAGUUUUAUUGAUCAUUGACGCGAAAUCCUUUUUUUUCGUUUUUUAGAAAAGUGAAUCUAUAAAACGAAGACCAUCACUAAAACGCUUUGUCAGACGCCAAUUGACGCGAAAUCAAUGGGGUCUUCGUUUUGUAGAAAAAGCCCCCCUGAAUCUAUAAAACGAAGAUCCUUGCUAAAACGCUUUGUCAGACUCCGGGGAAGGGGGGGAGGGGGAACUCCUAUACCUUGCGUAUAAGGGUAUGUGCUGCCCGACGGGGUCAUGACAUUUUCGUCUGACAAAGCGUUUUAGCGAGGGUCUUCGUUUUGCAGAUUCAGGGGGUCUUUUCUACAAAACGAAGACCCCCUUGAUUUCACGUCAUUUGGUGUCUGACAGAGUGUUUUAGCGGGGGUCUUCGUUUUGCAGAUUCAGAGGGUCUUUUCUACAAAAGGAAGACCCCCUUGAUUUCACGUCAACUGGCGUCUGACAUCCGGAGGGGCACUCAGGUAUUUCAGUUAGUCCCCGUUUGAUAAUACACUGCUCUAAGAAUUUUGUAAACUAAAACACACAGGAUAAUGCUCGUAAGCUAAAGAUGCGCUACACAGGGUUAACACUUUGCUCGUUGACGCAUUGAACCGUAUUUGUAAUAGCAAUUAAUUUCUCUUUGAAUAAUUUGUAACGUCUGCUUACAAAACUGGAGCUUUCGAGCGUUCGAAAGUCCGUGUCCGUGCUUUAUUCGGGCAAAAAAAUUAAGUCUUCGUUUUUCGGUCUUCGGUCUUCGUUUUGUAGACACCCUCUAGCCAAUAGGAUCUCAGGAAGCUUAGAAAAUACUAACGACAAUCACCCGAAUCGGAAACUCGUCACUAGUGCUCCUCAGGCGUACCUCUUGCCGGUAGGAUUUAAGCCCAACGGAUCCGAACGUUAUAUAGAUUUCCAAAGACGUGCAAUGCUAAGCUGGUGUCUGUCUCUGUCGAGAUGUUGCUUCAACAAGCUUUCUGCGAUCAGUUUAUUGGUAUAUGGCAUAUCAUUUCUUGGUAUUUUUCCUUUUCUUUUUAAAGACAUGAGGUAUUCUUUAUACUACCAGAACCCUUUCCACAACAAAACAACUGAAAUGGCAUACCAUAUUAGACAAAAUGAGAUGCGAAGUGCUGUUGCAUCACAGUUUUGGAAUGCACUUCAAAGUGAACCAUUUAACUUUACCAAGACAGUUAAAGAUGUGGACAUUGACGUCGUGAUCAUCACAACUUCUCGGUAUAUUUCUCUUCCAAAUGGGAAUAGUCCGAGGUUCUUAACUCAGGUUUUGUGGCAGUUUUUUCAAAUUCUAAACAGCACUGAAACAAGACAAUUACCAUGGAAAUUUGGCUUGUCAAUAUGCAAUGUGGAUCCAAAGCCUUAUGAAGAAGCACAAAACUUCUCUUCUUUGGUACAGUAUAUUCAGCGGUACUCAGUGGAACCAGAAAGUUUGCCGGUUGUUUAUAUUAAAGAGAAAGAAAAGCAAGAUUAUGCAUUUUGCCUGGAGGAGAGCAUGAAGUCUAGACCAAGGUAUUCUCUUCUGGUUGAAGAUGAUGCCUUUCCUCAUCCACAGCUGUUUCAGACUUUGUAUUAUCAUAUUGAGGAGAAAAAACGCUUGAUGGAUUCUCGAUUACAAACCAAUAACGUUUUGUUUUAUAAACUGUAUCAUCCUGAAAGACUUCAAGGAUUUUGGAGUCUGGAACCAGAACGCCUUCCUGAACUUUUUAGCUGUGGUUGUGUAUGUGGAACUUUUGUAACUUUUUUAAUGCACCAUUUACUGUGUUCUAAAGAAAAUAGAAGAUGUAAGCCUAAAAAUGUCUACAAUAUCUGGAUAUGGGUGGUAUUUUACUUCACUAUAGCUGCAUUUCUCAUCAAUAGGCCACAUCUAAUGCAGUUAAGGUAUCUAUCAAAGUAUUUCUUCACUGUUGGCCCCACACCAUCAUGCUGUACUCCUGGAAUGCUUUUUGUUGCUGAGAAAGCGAGUCAUUGGGUGAAUUACAUGAAAACUCAUACAUGUGGUGUAAAUUAUGGGAAGGACACCAUGCUGGAUGACUAUAGGAAAAAAUUUAAGGUGAAAGGUUUAAUUGUACAACCUAAUUUAUUCACACACAUUGGGUUUUAUUCGUCUCUCAGUCAGAAAUUAUUGGGUCCCUCUCUCAUGUACUAUCCACCAUGGUUCCCUCUCUAUUGA